AUGACUGCCGAUCAAUACCAGGAAUCUGUCUCUGAGGAGUCCGGAUCUGAAAGUCCUGUAGUCCUGGACAUUGUUAUAGUUGGAGCUGGCCUUAGCGGGCUUGCUGCUUCAGUCUCAUGUGCUCUGUCCGGACAUCAGGUUACUGUGUUUGAGUCAGCCAAAGAGCUUGUCGAGGUCGGCGCAGGUUUGCAGGUCACACCAAACUCCACCAGAAUAUUGCAAGAAUGGCAGCUGCCAGAAAAGUUAUGGCAGUCUGCUGCAGUGCCGACCUAUCUAGCCGUCCAUCGCUAUUCUGGCAAAGUGCUCGCCAUGGAGCGAGACUUUGACAAGAAAAUGCGCUCAAGAUACGGAGCUCCAUUCGUGGAUCUCCACCGGGUCGACCUCCAGCUGGCCUUGUACGAGAGAGCAAAACAGCUAGGCGUCAAGUUCCACCUGGGCGAGAAGGUGGAUUCAAUUGACUCUGAACAGGCCAUCGUCAUCACGCAGUCGGGCAGGACGGCUCAAGCAGAUCUAAUCGUCGCCGCUGACGGGCUGUGGUCGAGGUGCCGACAGUGUUACCUCAAUAAAGAUGAACCCCCUAUGCCGACCGGCGACUUGGCCUAUCGAGUGCUGUUAUCCCUAAAUGAGAUCGGUGACCCUGAGCUGAGGGAAUGGGUCUCGAAGCCAUCAGUACAUUUCUGGAUCGGACCAGGAGCGCACGCCGUCGGAUAUUCACUCCGAGCGGGAGAUUUGUACAACAUCGUGCUAUUGGUCCCUGACGAUCUCCCUGGAGGGGUUAGACGCCAAGAGGGAUCAGUUGAGGAGAUGAAGGCACUGUUCAAAGAAUGGGAUCCUAUUCUAGGGAGGUUCCUCGACUUGGUGAAACACGUGGAUAAAUGGAAAUUGAUGCAUAGGCACGAACUUGAGCAUUGGGUAAACGAUAAAUCAAAUCUCGUCUUCGUAGGGGACUCGUGUCAUCCCAUGCUGCCAUAUCUCGCUCAAGGGGCAAAUUCUGCAAUAGAAGACGGCGCAGCUCUUGGGUCACUCCUCUGGAGAAUCGAAGCUAAAGAACAACUUCCACAAGCUUUGAAGCUUUACGAACAGCUUCGGAAGAAUCGCGGUGAUGCCAUCCGUGAUGCAUUCCAUAUGCAAAACGGGCCUGAACAGGAAGCCCGCGACGAGUUAUUUUUAUCGCAGUUGGGAAAAGACCUAAAAGCGCCGUUUCCAAGCCGGUGGACUUGCCCAGAAGUCCAGCCUUGGCUAUAUGGAUACAACGUGAGCAAGGAGGUCGAAAAGGCCCUGGCGGACAGACCAUCCGGAGCCCUCACAGGGGAGAACCACAAGAAUAGCUAG